AACUGAGAAAGAAAAUUAAUUUUCCAUCUCCUUUCUCUUUGGUUCCUUCCUUGAGAGAGUUCCAAAUCAAAAUCACUGAACCAAAUACAAUAUAGGAAUCGAUUUUCAAAAAUCUUACACAAUUAUUCAAAUUUAUUUCACAAAUCUGACCAAAAUUAAACUUUUGGUACAAAUCUGAGGAACAACAACUGAGAUUAUUUUGUUAUUAUGAUUUUGAUGAGAAAGAAAAUGAAAUUUUGUCGCAAAAACUGAGAUUUCAGAUCCAUUUUUGACGACCGGCGGUCAUGGACGAGCUAGAAUUCCGACGGCUUCUCGAACGUUUUCCAAUCGUCCGAUUUAGAGAUUAUCAUAUUGAUUCAGACACAUCAAAAAGAUCAGCCUCUCAGUCGAUAGAGAAAGAGGAGGAAAGGCAAUGGAAAGAGACAUGGAGUAAGGGACAUAAACCAGAGACUGGAAUUCAAGUGAUGCAUCGUGGUCCAUUUUGGGGCAAAGUGAGAGAAGCUGCUGAGAAAAAGAUCUUGAAGGAAAAUCUUCUAGCAGCUUUAAGCGCUCAAUCAGGAAUCCAAUACGAUCCUACUGAGGAAGUGAUGAUGGCUGCUCGACACAUUGCUGAUCAAAGGCAGGCUUCAAGUGGUGCAGGUCCAUCUCAUAUACCCCGCUCUUCAGACUAUGCAUCAUCGUCAAUACCAAACAGAAUGACAUGUGUUGAGGAGGAUUUGGAUCACAUACGCCAUUUUCAAGCCUAUCAGGUGAAACACAAUCAAGCAGUUGCUGAAAUGCUGCGAACUAUGGCACUUCAUCAUGGAAUGAACAUGGAUAACUUUCCUACUUGUCCGUCAUAUAUUCCCCCUAGGGAUAAGGCAGUACUCGAUGAUGAUGACGACGAUGAAGAGGACGAGGAUGAGGACGAGGAAGAUGAGGAGUGACACACCCUAUUCAGUAAAUGCUUCUUUUUUCCAAUACACAUCCCUUGCCUUGAAAGAAAAAAAAAAUUAGUGUGGAAGAUCAUUUUUGUUAAUUUUGAUUGA